AUGCUUCAUCCGAUCCUUGAUAUUAGCAACUUUAAUGUGACUUUGACUUUGUCCGGAAUAUACCUUCUUCUUUUUGCGGUGGUAUCUUUGAAGUUGAAACAAAAAUGGUACCUGGGUGAAGCUUGUAAGUGCUUUGAUCGACGAUCAAAUCUUCAACAUUAUCUCCGAGGGACACCGCUAAAGUUUUUAGUGCCAUCAUUUGUGGCCGGAGCUAUUCUGGGUCCAUUCUGCGCCAAUUUGAUUGAUGUGAGAACAUUUGGGACGAAUGUCGAGGAAGGCCAGAUUGCCUACGCCUUGACUCGCCUGGUAAUCGGCAUCCAGAUGGUCAAAGUGGGAUACGAGCUCCCUAAAAAGUAUCUAAGACAAAGAUUGGUUGAGCUCACAAUCUGUCUGCUUCCACUCAUGGCAUUGCAGUGGCUAGCAACAUCAGCAUGCAUUCUGUUAAUCGUCCCGCACCUAUCAUUCCUCACUUCGUUAAUUAUCGGCUCGUGCGUCAUCUGCAUUGACCCUAUUCUGUCGCAGGCAAUUGCAAAGGGCCCCUUCGCUGACAAGUACGUUCGACGGCACCUGCGAGAGUUUAUCUCCGCCGAGGCCGGUGGCAAUGAUGGCUUCGGCUUCCCAUUUCUCCUCCUUUCUAUCUCUAUUCUACGUUAUGCCGACGUGCCGCACGAUGGCACCGCGAAACGGGACUGGAUAGGAACACAGAACACGGGCCGGUUGGGCGGUAACGCUGGUCGGGCAUUGGCACACUGGGCUGUUGAAGGAGUGCUGUACAUGAUCAUCAUGGGCUCGGGUUACGGGCUCUUGGUUGGAUUUAUGGGGCGUAAAGGGUUGAACUUGGCGUCUAAGAGGCGAUGGAUUGAUAAAGAAAGUUUCUUCAUCUUUCCGGUGGCGAUCGGACUAUUCGUCGUGGGCACAUGUGGCUGCUUUGGAUCUGACGAGACUCUCGCCUGCUUUAUCGCUGGAUGUGCAUUGAACUGGGACGGUGUUUACCAUUCCGAAGCCGAGGCGCGACACGACUCCUUCAAUUCAACCAUUGAAGUCAUCUUGAAUUUCGGAACUUUUGUUUUCAUCGGGAUCAGCAUGCCCUGGGAUCUGAUGCACAUGCCCCAUCUUACUGGAAUCACGAUCUGGCGCCUGGUCACGCUGGGAAUUCUGCUGCUAUUGUUUCGUCGCAUUCCUGCAAUUAUGCUUGGGUAUCGAUUUAUGCCCAAGGUCUGUAACUCGUGGAAAGAAGCUCUUUUCAUGGGGUAUUUCGCUCCCAUCGGGGUGGGCGCAAUCUGCUACGUGGAAUAUGCCCGUCGACUACUUCCAGAUCCGGGUGAGAGCGAUGCAGAGAUCAAUCAUUUGACAGCUGCCAUGAUUCCAGUCGUGUACUGGCUGGUUUUUUUCUCAAUUGUGAUCCAUGGACUCUCAAUCCCCGUGCUGAAUGGUAUCUACAAAUGGCUCCAAGUUCCUACUAUUCGGGACCAUCCAGUCGAGAUCAUCCUUCUGUCAGAGAACGAACCAGUCCCGAAUAACAGCGUCGUGGAUCGUCGCGUGCAGUCUGUUAUAUUGAACAAUCGGUUUUCCCGCAACUAUAGCACCGACUCUCAGAGCGAGCGGCCAGAUGAUCAUGAUACGAUAAUGUUACGAUUGCAGGGCCUUGAAAAUGACGUGAGAUCGGAGCGGUCGUCUAUCAAAGGGCCAACUUCGUUUGAUUAUCUCAAUCAAAUGAUUCUGCUUCAUUUGCCCCCCGAAUUACUACUGCAACUAGCGACCUGCCUGGAGACAGAACGAGAUAUCAACUCAUUGUCUCAAACAAAUAGACAACUCCACGCUCUCCUCAAUUCAUAUCUCUAUAGACUGAAUUGCCGAGGCUCAAAUUCCUCUCUGCCAUGGGCCGCCCAACAUGGUAAUGUGGCUACAGCUCGAUUAUGUGUACAGGAAGGAGCCAGCGUUAGAGUGACGGAUAGCAAGGGCCGGACACCAUUAUCCUGGGCCGCGCAGCACGGACAUGAGGCGAUGGUGAAGCUGUUACUUGGGACAGGGCAGGCGGUUUUGAACUCCAAAAACUGCGAGGGGGAAACAGCCCGCCAGAGACUAUUAUUGUGGGCUAAGCGGCACAGACAUGAACACAGGUUGACACGGUGUUUACUUAAGAAAGAGCAGGAGCCUGAGGAGUUGAGAGACUCCGAAGGAUGGACACCAUUAUCCUGGGCUGCGCAAAAUGGUCAUGACGUGGUAGUGAAACUGUUACUUGAAACUGGGCUAGUGGAUGUGGACUCGAAAGACAGUGAAUGUCGUACGCCAUUAUCUUGGGCUGCGAAGAAUGGAUACGAGUCAGUGGUCAAGCUCUUACUUAGGAGCGGGCAAGUGGAUGUGAAUUCGGAGGACAACGAAGGUUGGACGCCAUUAUCCUACGCUGCGCGGGAAGGACGUGAGGCAAUAGUGAGACUUUUACUUGAAAUAAGUCAGGUGAGGGUGGACUCGAGGGACUUAUAUUUCGGCUGGACACCGUUGUCCUUGGCCGCAAGAUUUCAACACGAAGCGGUUGUGAAGUUAAUACUUGAGACAGUCCAGAUCGACGGGGACUCAGAGGACACGCUAGCUCACCCGAUUUUAUCUCGGACUGCUCAGCUUCGAUAUGAGGAGGUGGGGAAGGACUAUGAGCGUUGGACGCCAUUGUUUCUGGCCGCACUUGAACGUGAUGGAAUAGUGAAGCUAUUACUUGAGAAAGACCGGGUGGAGAUGGGCUCGGACAACACGUUGUCCUACUAUGCCGCAAGAUUUGGACGUACGGCGGUGGUGAAGUUAUUACUACAAACAGGCCAAAUUGGCGUGGACCCGAAGAACCCCAAAGGUCUCAUACCAUUAUCCUUGGCUGCGAAGCAUGGAUAUGAGGCGGUGAUGCAAAUACUGCUUGGGACUUGGCGCAGGGCUCCACAGUGA